AUGGAUUUUGAAACUAGAGAAGACAUAGACGGUGUACGAUUGUCGUGGUCUUCGGUACCGAAAUCGAAAUUGCAACAUCAACGAAACGUCAUACCGUUGGGAGCACUAUACACCCCCUUAAAUGAUAAAAGUGAUAUCCCAGUACUAGACAGAACAAGCUUAAUCACGUGCCGAUCAUGUCGUUCAAUAUUGAAUCCAUAUGCCACAGUAAACAAAGGUACUUGGUCAUGUCAAUUCUGUAACGUAGCUAAUCAAUUGCCACAGUUGGUUGCAGAAGACGGAAUAACGCCACUAUUGCCACCGGCAUUGGAUGGGAACUUGACUACUGUGGAGUAUGAAACAGGGAGACAAAGCUCAUUACCACCUGUAUUUUUCUAUGUUGUUGAUACUUGCUUUGAAGGUGAUGAUGUCGAAGCUGAAUUUGCCAAAUUGAAAGAAAGUUUGGUUUUGUCUUUGAGCUUAUUACCGGAGAAUGCAUUAGUUGGGUUCGUAUCUUUUGGCAAACAUGUCAAGAUUCAUGACCUCACUUCCAAUGGUGAUGUAAGUUACACAUUUAAUGGAAACAAGACGUACAAUCUAGAACAGAUUCAGCAGGGUUUGGGAUUGCUGGGCAGUGGUAUUAGCAAUGCCGGUUUACUACAUGCUCUGGGUGCACACGGUGGCAACAACGGAAACAAUUACGAGCAUUUGAUUGGGCACGCAGCUAGACGGUUCCUACAACCAUUGAGUCUAGCUGAAUAUGAGUUGACCAAUAUCAUUGAAAAUCUUGUCCCAAAUUCUUUCCCGCAUGGUGAGUAUAGUGACCGUCCGUCCAGAGCCACGGGGGCAGCCAUAAACGUAUCUACAUUGCUAUUAAAGAGUAUAUUGGGCGACAAUCAUUUGACUGGUGGCCAUUUGAUGGUGUUUGUUGCCGGAGUAUGUACAAUGGGACCAGGCAAGAUUGUUGAUACUGCAUUGAAAAUCCCCAUGAGAUCCCACCACGAUAUUUUAAAAGAACAGUCGAGUUUGAUCAAAGCACCAACAACUUCUUCAAAAGCCAGGAGUGAUACCUCAUUAUACAAAGAAGCCAAGACAUUUUAUUCCAAAAUUGCGAAACUGUUGGUUACUUUGGGCCUCAGUUGUGACUUGUUCAUUGGAAGUUAUGAUCAAGUUGGAUUGUUUGAAAUGGAUGAGGUUUGCACCAAGACUGGUGGAGUCAUUGUCAUGACCGAUUCGGUCAGUACGGCAAUUUUCAAACAGAGUUUUGCUAGAUUUUUCAAAAAACAAGAAAUCAACAAUGAGUGGCUUGAUAUGGGGUUCAAUUCAACGUUGGAAGUCAAAGUUUGUCAGGAUUUGAAAAUUGAAGGCUUAAUUGGAAAUGCAAGUGCAUUGCCAUUUAAUAAAACUGUUAGUGCCAAUGAGCGAAUGAUUAGUGAACGCGAAGUUGGAGAAGGCAAGAGCAAUAGUUGGAAAUUGUGUAGUGUUGAUCCAAGAUCCACCUACGCCGUUUAUUUUGAAAAAUUGGACAAUCUACACACUAAUAACGCUGCUACUUUUAUCCAAUUCUUGUUCCAUUACCAACACCCCAGUGGCGAGAUGAGACUUCGAGUGACUACUGUGCCCAUCAACAUUAUCCUCGAUUCGGAUAGUGCUCAAUUGGAAGCUGGUUUUGACCAAGAAGCAGCAUUGGUGCUUGUGGCUCGUGACGCCGUGAAAAAGUUGCAAACUGACUUGCACAAGAAAUUCAUUAGCGGGACAGCUUUGAGUAAACAAUUAGAUCAGGUGUUGAUUGACUUCUGUACUAGAUUUGCCGUGUAUCAAAUUGGUGCUAUGGAUUCAUUUAGACUAUCAACUACUUACUCACUAUUUCCUCAAUUCAUGUUCCAUUUACGGAGAUCGCCAUUCAUCAAUGUUUUCAAUAGCUCACCCGAUGAGACAAGCUUUGUGCGACAUGUAUUUAUGCAUGAAGAUUUGGCCAACUCAUUACUCAUGAUCCAACCCACAUUAUUAUCAUACGAUAUCAACACUUGGGGGUCGGCUGCCAUUGAUGAAGAAACCGGUGAAGAAAUUGCCAAUGAACCCGAACCAGUGUUGCUUGACUCAGCAAGCUUGGGCAAAACGAAAAUCCUACUCCUUGACACAUUUUUCCAAAUUCUUAUUCAUCACGGUUCUCAAAUUGCCCAAUGGAGAAAAGCCGGGUUUCACGAACAAGAAGAGUAUGCAUAUUUCAAGGAGUUUUUAGAAGCACCCAAGAGAGAAGCAAUGCUGUUGCUAGUUGAUCGUUUCCCAUUGCCUCGAUUCAUCGAUUGUGAUGAGGGUGGGUCACAGGCACGGUUUUUGAUGGCGAAAUUGAAUCCCAGCACUAGUUAUGCCACCAAUGUCAAUCAUUUCUAUGGAUGGGGUGACCGGUCGGAUGUUUUCACUGACGAUGUGAAUUUGCAACUGUUUAUGGAUCAUAUACAGCGUGUUGUGACAUCAAAGAAAUGA